AUGUCUCAGAACAGGCCCCUCCUCCCCGUCCUCGCCCUCCUCCUCCUCUGCGUCCCUCUCUCGUGUCUCAGUCAGGACAGCAGGUCAGCCAACGCCACGACAAACACGCCAACCCAUGCUGCUCCGUCCUCAAACGUCACGUCUCUGAACGGCGUGCCGGGCUGCAGGUCGGGACUGAACGCCGUCUACAGGUUCCUGUGUGACCGCCGGGCAGCGUGGGGCAUCGUCCUGGAGACCCUGGCGUCCGCAGGCUUCGUGUUCAGCAUGUGUCUCCUGGUCAGCCUGCUGGUCUGGUCGCUCUGGGUCUGCCUUUCAUCCAGGCAGCAGAACAGCAACAGCAGCAGUAUCGGCGGCACGGUGGCGUGCAUGUCCAUGUUCCUGUUGGCGACCGCCGGGAUCUUCGCCAUCACCUUCUCCUUCAUCGUCCGCCUCACGCCUCAGACCUGCCCCACCCGCCUCUUCCUCUUCGCCGUGCUCUUCUCGCUGGCCUUCUCCUGCCUGCUCGCUCGCUGCCUUGCUCUGCUGGGCUUCGGCGCCGCCCGUGGUUGGGGGGAGCCCGGCGUGGCGCUGGGGCUCUUCAUGGUGCAGGUCAUCAUCUGUACGGAGUGGCUGAUCCUCGUGCUGCUGCGGGAGAGGAAGCCGUGUGCGUACAGCCAGGACGAGUUCGUCAUGCUGCAGAUUUACGUGAUGUGCCUCCUCGCCAUCAGCCUCAUCCUGUCCUUGCGCUUCCUGUGCCGCUCCUGCUUCACCUACAGCUACAGCUACAACGGCCCCGCCCACCAGCACUGGAGGGUGCACGCCGCGCUCCUCUUCCUCACCUUGAUGCUCUCCACCUGCAUCUGGGUGGUGUGGAUCACCAUGCUCACCUGGGGGAACCCCGAGGUGGACCGCCGGCCGCAGUGGGACGACCCGGUGCUGUCCAUCGCCCUGGUGGCGAACGGGUGGGUGCUGCUGAUGGGGCACGGGUUGUCGCAGGUCGCCUUCCUCUGUAGGGGCGAGGCCAAGUCCAAAGACGCCCCCCUGAGCUUUGCCGGUUGGACCAGCCCCAGCGCCGACAUCCCGGGACUGAACAGCCCGACGGCGGGGAAGGACAACGGAAGCUUUGAGAACGAGAGCGAGAACAGAAGAGGCCCCAGAGCUCAGCCGUCUCUGCGAUCGCCCUACGAGUCUGGAUUCUCCAUGUCGGAAAUCGACCCUGUCAAGGAUUAUACCAUCCCCCGCCCUCAGACCACCACCUACCAGGAGCCGUACGAUGAAUAUUACGAUCAGGAUUAAUCUCACUUUGUCACACGUGAACUCCUUCAAACGAGAACUGAAGCUGUAGGCGACGCCCCCCGGCUCGUGCAAACUGCACCCUGCUUUUAUCGCUGUUUUGUAAAUGUUUGCCUUUAGUGUUCAAAGAAACGUCACAUGUCGUCGCCCGGAUGUUUAAAGCUUGUAUCCCCAAAAAG